GCUGACUCUAACUGGCACACUCGUGCUGUAUGCCUCAUCGUCUCCCCGUACUUCCAUACGGCAUCUCUGUCGAGAAUCGCAUUCUGAUUGCAUUUGCGUGGAGCGGAGUGUCGUCGUUAGAAGGGCAUCCUUUGCUUCGUCGCCCACAAAGGCCGCCUUCGUGCCGGACGCGCUAGGCUUUUAAAGGCCUUGUUUAACAACAACACCCUUGCAACAUGCUACCAAGAAGUCCCAUCGGGAGCAUAACUGCUAAUACUAGCGUUGCUAACGGCAAUGGCCAAAUAAUUGACCCUGGCUCUGAGACAGCGUCAACAGCAGUCCAUCGCCACCGCCGAGAGUUGCGAUAUCUCCGGGAUCAGGAUGCUUUAACUGCCAGCCUUUUGACUUGUACUACGGAACCCAAGCCUGAGCAACUUCAGAUUGUAGCAUUGGAACGGGUGAAAUUGGAGCUAGAAGCCAAGAUGCAAGAAUUGCGGCACGAUAUCCACUCGUCUUGCGACCAGUUGACGUGGCGAAGCGAUAUGGAUGAGCAGACGUGCAAUUCCAUCCUGUGGCAGAGACUCCUUAUGGAACACAGAUUGGCAGCGACGUGCAACGAUAGAACCGAGGUGAUAGCACAACUCGAGCGGCUUCGACGGCUGUCGAGUUCCCCCAACACGAGAUUUUCCGUUGACGGUACAUGUAGGUCACCGAGGCAGGCACAAAUAAAUGCCAACUUGACGCUUUUCCUCCACCAUUCAACCACAAAGCUUCCUCUACAUGCACCUUGUCGAGCACGAUCGCCUGGUUCCUUGCAAGGGAACAUCGUUCAUGGAGCUCAUAAAGCCAUUCCUGUUGCCUACCGGAGUAGGCAUAAGAAACCCGUCUUACAAUCUCAUCACUUGUUCAUGGGAUGUCAGGCGGACAAGCCCCGGUAUAAGGAGGCUCAGCAACUGGGAUCCGCCUCGUCCUCGUGUCCGAACGUGCCUUUUUUCUCGGAGAAGUCCUUUAACCAUGACGGGCAAGUUGUACCAGCAGUUGAUGAAUUUCGCAAUUCAUUCUCUUCGAGAGUUAUUGCCCCUUCUCGGCUUCGGCCAAACCGGACUUUGCCGCUCCGUAGUCUCCGUAUCUCCUCCAAGGGGCGACGAAGCGCACUCUUCAGAUAUGCGGGGAAGGAUUCAGUGGAUAACAGAGAGUAUGGGAACGUCACAAUUAUUCCACACGUGGUACCUCGCCUCAAGUCUGAGCUUCUGGAGGAGCUGCCAAGUACCCCGUUACCGACAUAUGCGCAGACGUUACUUAACGACUUCGAACAGUCCGUCCAACAGUCACUUGUACUGAACCUAAUGGAUGACAGUACCCCAGCAGCUCCAGCUCUUCCGCCAAAGCGAGUCUCCCUUUCCCCUGUAAUCGAACUGCCUGCUCCUCUGUCCCCCGUUAAAACUCGAUCUUCACCACUUUGGACGAAACGCAAACCGCCGCAGAGAUAUCGAACGAUAUUCACUUUACGACUUCCUACAAGGUCAACGCCAGAUUCUGCGUCCCAAUCCACUUCGGCGGGGUCUUCCUCAACAUCAGAGUUAGACUCGGGUGAUGAACAUGACAUGCUUUCACGAAAUAUCGCGGCAAAAAUCCCAUCCAAGGAAAGGGGUCUAUCUUCGACGCGUAAUUAUGAUUUAUGCAUGCUGGAUAGGGCUCCAGACGAUAUUCCAGAAUGUCCAGACCCUCGACCUCUGUCUCAACCUCUAACUGCGAGUCGAAGCAAAUUUUCUCGCCCUUUGAGUAUUAUUCGCGACGUCAAGGACAGACUGGCCAAUUUAGGGCGCCGUUGACGAUGCUUCUAUGUUUUGUUUUAUUUUGUGUUAUUUCUUGACGAGCUAUUUAUCACGUAUAUUCCACUACUUAGUAUACUUGAUCUGAAUGGACUUGCUAGAACUCAUACAUUAUUUACGGCCUAUAGGACAAUGUAUAUUUACUUUUCGUUCUGCGCUAUCCCUGUUGAUCCCUCUUCACUGUCAUAGUCCC